AUCGACAGUCGGUACUUGCGAACGUCGCGCUGUGCCGCGUCGCAUCGCGUCGCUCGAAUGUGUUAUCACAACGGCGAAGAGAGGGAGAGUGGGCGGAUCGCGUCUCGUUCGCGGGUCGAUGCUCGACGAUCGCGCGUGUCCUGAUUUGACGGCGAGGGUCCAGGAUGCUGAGAUUCCUGUCGCGACGACGGGCGCGUGGCGUCAGCGGUCAGACCACUUCGUCUCAAAUCAAGAAUCAGCGGCUGCUCAGCAACAAGAAUGUCGUGCAGUGCAGGGUGGUACUGUUGGACGGCACGGAUCUACCUAUAGAGCUGUCGAAAAAAGCAUUAGCUAGUGAUUUAUACGAGCAAGUAUUUUAUAGUCUUGAUUUAAUAGAAAAGGAUUACUUUGGACUUCAAUAUACAGAUAGCAACAAUGUCCAACAUUGGUUGGAUCCAACAAAACCUAUUAAGAAGCAAGUCAAAAUUGGACCUCCAUAUACACUCAGAUUGAAAGUGAAGUUUUAUUCUUCGGAACCAAAUACCCUUCGUGAAGAAUUAACACGAUAUCAAUUCUUUUUGCAAUUGAAGCAAGAUGUGCUUGAAGGCAAACUUCAUUGUCCUCAUCAAGUUGCGGUUCAACUGGCUGCUCUGGCUCUUCAAUCUGAACUAGGAGAUUAUGAUCCUGCUAUGCACAGUGCUGCCACUGUAUCAGAAUUCCGUUUUGUCCCGGGUCAAACAGAGCAAAUGGAAUUAGAAAUACUAGAGGAAUAUAUUAAAUGUUCUGGUCUUAGUCCAGCUCAAGCAGAAUCUGCAUAUCUUAGCAAGGCUAAGUGGUUAGACAUGUAUGGUGUUGAUAUGCAUAUUGUCCUUGGUAAAGAUGCUUGCGAGUAUUCUUUAGGCUUGACUCCGACCGGCAUUCUAGUUUUCGAAGGCACGCAGAAGAUAGGCUUGUUUUUCUGGCCAAAGAUUGGUCGUUUAGAUUUUAAAAAAAAACUGACAUUAGUGGUCGUGGAGGAGGACGAUGAAGGUAGAGGCGAGCAAGAACACACCUUUGUAUUUAGGCUGGUGAACGAAAAAGCUUGCAAGCAUUUAUGGAAGUGCGCAGUGGAGCAUCAUGCUUUCUUCCGCCUGCGUGCGCCGGUCAAAGGCGCUAGUGGCCGUCAAAACUUUUUUCGCAUGGGUUCGCGUUUCCGUUACAGUGGCAAGACAGAAUUUCAGACAACGCAGCUAAAUCGAGCACGCCGCACCGUGCAGUUCGAACGACGACCGAGUCAGAGAUACGCGCGACGGCAGAGCCACGUCCUUCGCGAGAGACAGCGGCAGCAACAACAGGUCGAGCAGCCGCAACCAUCUCCGCCUCCUGCCGACGAAGAACCUUUACAACGUCAGCCGAGUCGAUCCAGUACAAAGUCUUCAGACUCCUUCAGCGUUCAAGGCACAUCAUCACCCCUGGUAGAUUCUCUGCUCAAGUCUCUCGCCAAAGAUCAACAACCACUGGAGGCUAGAAAUCAGACAACGGUUGUUAAUAGCGAGAAAGAAUCGGAACCUAUGAAAACCAGUCUGACAGUCGAAACUAUUACCAAUCAAGUGCAGCUAGUACCUAACAAUCAAGUGGGUGGAACGUCAUCAUUACCUCCUAGAACACCGAUUCCACCAGAAUCUCUAAAGUGCAACAUACUGAAGGCAACUCUUGAGCAAGGAAAGAAUUCCAAUUUGGUCUCUAUCACAUCUACAGAUGGAGGAUCUGGAGUGAUUGCGAAAAAGAAUCAACAUGCAGACGCGGCAACUAUAGUUUCCGUGGGUGGUGACAAAUUGACUCUCUCCGUGAGUGGAACGACAAUAAAUCCUUCUAUGGACGACUCCGUAACUGUAACGCAUUUCUCAUUGGACAGCUGGGGACAAAUCGAACAAAAGACCACACCUUUAAGUCCGAAAGUAUCAAAUCAAUCGCAAAAUCCUUUUAAUCCAUUUACUAACGAUACUAGCAAUGAUACAUCUAACACGCCUGAAGCUUCCAAGGAGGAAGCAAAGCCGGAAGAUGACAAAAAGAACACUAAUCCGUUCAUAGACUCGAAUCCGUUCUUGGGUAUACUCAAUCCUUUCAAAGAUUUACAACCGGUUACUAUGGAGAAAAAGGUCGAAGCGGAUACAGAAAAAGCUAGUGCACGAGUCGUUAAAACCGAAGAGAUACAAACGACUACUACGACUCUUACACACAAGGAUGAGAGUCAAGCGGCAUCAGACAUUAGUCCUUGGCUGGUAGCAGAUCCAUCGCAAAGUCCAGCGCCUGAUCAAACACCAACUAAGCAUACAGUAAUCACGAGAAAGACGGUAAUUACCACACAGUUAUAAAAUAUUUAUUAAGUAGUAUUAUAAAGGGAGAAUUGUGUUGAUGUAUAACGCGCGAGAAAAUAGCACCAAUGUGUGUGUG